UUUAUAUGCUCUCCUGAACUUCAAAACAAUCUUUUAUCCUCUGAAAAACCCUUAUUUUUCUUCGACUUUCUUUCUUUCUUCAUCUCUCUUCUACUAUUCAUCGAAAGAUGAUGACCUGGUGGACAAAUAUAUGCAACAAUGUGCACGGAUUGAAGCCUACUUUUAUAAUGAUUUUGGUUCAGAUGAUAUUGUCUGUGGCUACUAUCUGCUACAAGUUGGCGAUGAACGACGGCAUGCGUCUCCCGGUUUUGGUGGCCUACAGAUUCAUGUUUGGAGCUGCUUUUAUAGUUCCUGUUGCAUUCUUUGUAGAAAGGAAAACGAGGCCGAAACUAACGUGGAAGACAAUCUUCUACGGUUUUAUCUGUGGUUUAUUCGGAGGAUCACUAGGACAAAAUCUCUAUUUGAACAGCAUAGCCUUAACUUCAGCAACGUUUGCCACUGCCAUGAUGAAUUUGAUUCCAGCCAUUACAUUUAUCGUUGCAAUUUGCUUGAGGUUAGAGAAGCUGGGGUGGAAUUCAUCAGCAGGAAAAGCCAAAGCUUUUGGAACUGUUAUAGGAAUAGGAGGAGCAAUGCUCCUCACAUUCUACAAGGGGCCCGAGUUAAAUAUAUGGAACACCAACCUAAACCUUCUCAAAACUUCUACUUCUCAUCAUCAUCAUCAAGCAAACACACAUUAUCAAAGUGGCCAUGAUCUUGUCUUGGGUGCACUUUUAUCCAUUGCUAGCUGUGUUUGUUACUCGUUAUGGUUGAUUGUUCAGGCUAAGGCUGCAGAGCGCUAUCCAUGCCCGUACAGCAUCACAGCGAUGAUGACAGCAUGGGCUUCGGUGCAGAGUGUUUUAUUUGCUGUGUGCACGGAGAAGGAUUGGAGCAACUGGAUCAUGGGAUGGGAUAUUAGGCUUCUCACAGUAGCAGUUGCUGGGAUUUUGGGGUCAGGGGUGAUGUUUACUCUAGUGGCAUGGUGCGUCCGGAUGAGAGGGCCGUUGUUCGUGUCCGUGUUCAACCCAUUGUUACUUGUGAUUGUGGCGAUCGCAGGAUCUUUGCUUUUGCAAGAGAAGUUGCAUGUUGGAAUGUUGCUAGGGGCCAUCCUGAUCAUAGCGGGACUAUACGUUGUGUUGUGGGGUAAAGGCAAAGAACUAAAGAAAAUAUCUCAAUUGAUGCCGGAGGAUGAACAAGUGCGUAUUGACAUGCCACCGCCACCAUUGUCGUCACGGCCGAGUGAAGGCAGUCGCGGCGGCAGCAGCAAUAGGAAGUCGACUGUGGAGGAGGAAGAGAGAAGGGAGUCACAGGGAAACUCUGAGGUUUUAGGUGGUCUUUACAUAUAUCCUUGAUGUUAGAGUUUGAUUCAAUGUAGGGAUUAGUUGUUAUAAAAUUAUACAGAUUGCUAGGAUUAGAUGAGAUAUUCUUCAAUAGCUGCACUAAUUUUGAUGUCUUAUCUGUUUUGCUUGUCAUUAGCCCAGUAGAUGCAAUAUUGGCUGAUCUUGUACCGUUUAAAUUCGUCAUUUAUUUUA